AGAUUCAAAACUAACCUCUGACUAUUAGACAAGGUUGAGGCAUCCUCCUCCUCGAGAGCUGUUCUGGCCACGUCCUUGCAAAAACUGGGGAAUAUGAAGAGAUGAUUACUAAAGAGAGUUGCAGAGAGACAUCACGGGAAGUUGCGUGUUGUUAGUGGAGAACAAAUCGCUGAAGGAUACAUUUAUAUAACCACAAUACGUAUACCAUAUGAAUGCACAUUUACAAAUACAAUGCAUAAACAAUAGAAAGCGUUGUAUUUGGAUGGGCAUCUAAUUCUUCCGAAAGAGGACCACGUGAUUAUUGUGUUGAAAUCGAAUUUAGAUUAACUUCUCAGUUCACGACUCUCGUGCAUCAAUCUUAGCCAUUAUAUCAAGCUGAAAUUUUCAAUUAAUUGACCCACUAUUAGCAAUGGCUUCGCAACCUUCCUGAGAACUCUUAACAGCCUUUUAGGGCUCCGCGGACUACCGAUUUGGGAAACCCUGUUCUAAACGAUGACCCCCUAAAGCGAUUCAUUUCCCAUAUCAUAAGUUGCAUGGAUCGAAAUAUUUUCCCUUUUUACAUCUGCAGAACCGGUUCCGUAUUCUAGAACCAGAAAGAACGAACUUUCUUCGUAUCUGCUCUCUCAACGACAACUUUUGCUGGGUUACCGCAAACGUGGUAUAUAUUGAAAAGCAAAUAAGAAACAUCAUUCAGAAAGGCAUCAUGAUUCGAGUUUUGCUGUUCUUAACAUUUUUCGUCGGAGCAACACUUUCCUACGACUUCAAAGAUCCAUACUUCAAUGACUUUCUGUUGGAAGACUUGAUGGUCCUGCAAGGCCGUCCUGCCUUGAAGAAGGCAUCCGAUUCGGAGGAGAGCCAACUGCAGUACACCUGUUGCGAUUACCUGAAUGAAGAAAAUUUCAGCAAAUUGCAACAAACGCAGAUUGUGUGCUACGUGGAAAACUCCCUGCUCAGUGCCACCAAAACGAAGUCCGGUAGAGCUGUAUCCCCGGUCGAUAUGUUUUCCUGCGACAGGCUAGACAAACUUAAACAGCAAUACAUCUGCGCUUCGGAUUGCGUAGCUCGAAAGGAGAACAUCACCGACGACAGUGGAAAUCUGCUCGGUUCGGAGGUCCUGGUUCCGUUCGUAUCCCAGUACUACGCUCCGGAGGUCUUCCAAGACGAACAAAUCAAGGAAUUCGUCGAUACCUGCCUGGGAGAAUCGAAAACCGACGAAACGGUAGCAAACAAGUGCAAUCCGUCGUCAGCCCGCUUCGGUUACUGUAUGUGGCGCAAAACGAUCCUAAGCUGCCCAAACGAGAGACAAGAUACCAGCCCGGCGUGCGAUAAUCUACGCGAUAAGCUACUCUAUCAGGAGGCAAAAUAUUUGUCCGACGAGACGCGGUGAACUAAUCCGGAAGUGCUGCCCUGCCACUAUUUGUUUGUAUCGAUUUGUUGUGAGGUGAAAUUAAAAUGAGCAAAACGGAGCGCAUCUUUGGUUGUUUUUAUUUGAGAAAUAUAAAUUUUGAAAAGGGAAUUUUCCAAUUAGAAUC